AUGUCCGGUCUGGAGAAAUCACUGUUUCAGCUCAAAUUUACCGCCAAAUCGCUGCAGCGACAAGCUCGCAAGGCCACAAAGGACGAGGCAACGGAGAAGGCCAAGGUUAAGAAAGCGCUGGCGCAAGGCAACACUGAAGGUGCACGUAUCUACGCAUCCAAUGCCAUUCGCAAGAAGAACGAAUCGCUCAAUCUGCUUCGGCUCGGAAGCCGCAUCGAUGCAGUGGCAAGUAGAGUUGAGACCGCCGUCACCAUGCGACAAGUGUCCGGCAGCAUGGCAUCAGUAGUCAAAGGAAUGGACAAGGCGAUGGAAAGUAUGAAUCUUGAACGUAUAUCCAUGGUGAUGGACAAAUUCGAGACGCAGUUUGAGGAUAUGGAUGUGCAGACCUCAUACAUGGAGGGAACGAUCGGCGCGACUACAGCUCAGUCGAUGCCACAGGAUCAGGUCGACUUGCUUAUGCAACAAGUAGCUGAUCAGAACGGCAUUGAGAUCAAUCAUAAACUUGGCGAAGGCGGAUUACUCGAAGGCAAAGUGGCCGACUUGGCACCUAAAGUCCCCGAUGUCAAGGUUAAGGACAAGGAAGAUGAUGCGUUGGCCGAGCGACUUCGCGCGCUUCGUCCCGCAACAUAG